AUGACAAUUGGACAAUUAAUACCUGCGGGUCUGGAAUCCGAAAGAAUCAUUGGUGGUCACUUGGCCAAAAAACACCAAUUCAAGUACUUUGUCUCCAUACAGUUGAGACAAUUCCAUCAUUGCGGCGGUGCACUCAUAGCACCCAAUAUCGUUUUAACAGCAGCUCAUUGCGUUUACGACUCCCGAGGCAUUAGUAUCCAUAAAUCACCUUUUAAAGUCAUCGUUGGGACAACGAAUGCAAACGAUGACACUUACAGUAGUCGCGUUAUAAAAAUUUACGCUCAUCUGAAAUACCGAUACCAAUAUCCAGGUGAUAUGAAUGAUAUUGCUGUGUUGAGGUUGGAGAAGAGUUUCGAUGGUCGUUUACCCAUUGGUUUGGUAUCUCUACCACUGGAAAACGAAGAUUUUAUCGGCAAAACUGCAGUGACGAUGGGUUUUGGCUGGGAUAAAAUUAGGGAAGUGUACAGUCCUGCUCUCAAAGAUACUCUUGAGUUUGGCGAAUCCUCAGGACAAUUAAGAUAUGAAUUUGUAGAUGUUGUAAGAACCGAUCGAUGUGACUUGGAUCAAAAAACUCUGUGUGCUCAUAUGAAGCAAGGAUUGUAUGGGGCACCUCAAGGCGUUUGUGGGCAUCGCUUGUGUCAAUUUAUAAACCAACGCAAUGAUUUUCAGGGUGACAGCGGUGGUCCUCUUGUGUACGACAAUAAAGUCAUUGGAAUCGUGAGUCUUAGUCCAAAAGGAUGUGACGAGUCAUAUGAGCCGGCUUCGUACACGAAAGUCUCCAAGUACUUGGAUUUCAUCAAAAAUGCUAUACAUGACAAGGAAACAAGCGAUAUGUUUAUUCAAUCCAAUAAUUAA